AAAUAUCUUUCUCCCUCUUCUGGGUGCGUCUCAGUGUCACUCACUAACUUUUUUGAAUUUGUGAGAAGCAAAGUUGUGAACGGAAGCAAAAGUAAGCAUGGCUGGGUACAAAGCUGAUGAUGAGUACGAUUACCUCUUCAAGCUGGUUCUGAUUGGCGAUUCUGGUGUGGGAAAAUCCAACUUGCUUUCGAGGUUCACCAGGAACGAGUUCAACUUGGAGUCCAAAUCCACCAUAGGGGUUGAGUUCGCUACCAAAAGCUUGAAUAUUGAUGGCAAGGUCAUCAAGGCUCAGAUUUGGGAUACUGCUGGACAAGAAAGGUACCGUGCCAUUACCAGUGCUUACUACCGCGGAGCUGUUGGCGCCUUACUUGUGUAUGACGUAACCCGCAGUACCACAUUUGAGACUGCUGGGAGGUGGUUGAAGGAGUUAAGGGAUCACACCGACCCGAACAUCGUGGUCAUGCUUAUCGGAAACAAGUCAGAUCUUCGACAUCUUGUUACCGUCUCCACCGAAGAUGGAAAAGCUUUUGCAGAGAAAGAGUCCCUCUACUUCAUGGAAACUUCUGCUCUGGAAGCAACCAAUGUCGAAAACGCAUUCUCUGAGGUUCUUACUCAGAUAUACCGCAUAGUGAGCAAGAGAGCGGUUGAGGCUGGUGACAGGGCAAGUACUUCUGUUGUUCCAUCCCAGGGACAGACAAUAAAUGUGAACGAAGAUUCUUCUGUUUUGAAUAGAUACAGAUGCUGCUCAAAUUAGAUGCUUUAUUAGAGGCAAGUGGUUUUCAUAGCCUGCAUCAAUUUGUAAAUGGUUACAUGUGAUUGGUGAUAUAUGAUGCUGUAGAAUAAGACUAGUCUUACAUAUUGUUUGGAAAAUGCUUACAUGCAUCUAUGCAGGAUUUGUGUUUCUUAAAACGAUGUUUCCAAAAACGCAUUUGAAACAAGUCUGUUUAUCUAAAUUCCAUAGGACCAUUGUUGUUUGAGGAUCUUAAUAUCUGCUAUGCUUGUAAUGCUACGACUAUGGUGCAAAUGAGUUUAGUUUUCUGUA